AUUUAAUCAAUAUUUUCCCGUCUCGUAGAAGACACCAAGUUUAAUCAUGUUGGCAUCAACAAAUGUGCAUUUUAUGACCGAAUUACCUUCCGGGUGUGCGUGAAAUGAAGAAUUGUGUUGUGUUCCUUUUGUGUUUGGUCACUGUGAAGACAGAAGUGUACGCCUGUGAUAAUGAGGAACUGUCCAGACAUCUUUACAACGCAACACUCCAGGAAAACUGUUAUCAAAACGCUACCUCUUGUCAGUCCACCUGCUCUUCCGGUCAUGUGUUAGAAAACGGAAGUCAGACGACGAAUCACGUCUGUAACGGUACCUCAUGGAUCCCGAACACGGUAACAUGUCUGCCUGCAAGGACUCCAGUGAUGACGACAAACUUUACCAUCGUGUAUGUGACAGAGGACCAGCCAGCCGGAAACUGUCUCUACGGUUUUAACGUCCGAAUGUGGGAGAGUAUAAGCAGCUUCCGGAAUGCUAUUCGUUCGACAUGCGGAGAGUUGGAGACAGGAUCUAUUUCAAUUGAACAUCUGGAACUUUCACCUUUGGCUUUUCAGAUUAAUGUUGUAUUCGACGUUAAAUUCUCAGGAGAAGGCACCGAAACAUCCCGCGAUAUCUGCAUGCAUAUAAUUGAAAUCAUAUCUAACGGGAAUCAGAACUAUCUGAAACCUUUCUCCGUCAUUUCCUGCAAUGCUUCACACAGCACAGUAACAAAGAAGCAGACGACAUGGAGCGCCGCCUUUGAGUACAACUGUACCGAGAUGUUGGGUUCACAGCCGUUGGCGAGUUCAGGGGGUGUUCGAUGUGUUCCUUGCUUUCCUGGAAAUUACCUAAACUCGACCCGAUGUGAGCCCUGCCUCCAAGGAACGUAUCAGGCGGUUCCGGGUCAGCUGAUCUGUGACGUAUGCCCAUCCAGAAAACACGUCACAGAGGACAGAACUGAAUGCCUAAAUUCGAUGUGUGUAUCUACUUUCCUUACUCAGAAGACCCAAAGUAUUGAUUUAACGUGUAACUCCGAGAGUCAAAUGUGUAUGUCCACCUGCUUGGGUGGGUACAUACAAAAUGACGGGGGACUUUCUACAGUGUAUAACUGCAGCGGUGAAGAAUGGUUUCCUCCUCUUAAGAGUUGUAUAAAAUAUGAAUAUUCCACAUACAACGUUGACCUAGAAGCUGUCUAUAGGACCAACGAUGCAGUGGCGGCCACUUGUUUAAGUCAAUUCCAAGCCUUUACUUCUGCUCACAGAGAUUACUUCCAAACAAAUAUAUCUACCUCCUGUAGCGAACUUCAUGACGGAAACGUGACCAUUGAAAAUAUAACUAUUGGAUCCAUCGCAUUCCAAAUAAAGAUGACAUUUCAUCUGAAAUUUUAUGGAUCAUGGCCAACAAAAACAAUGGAUUUGUGCAUGGACAUAAUAGAAAUCACUUUUAAAAGUCGGACGACUUAUCUACAUCCAUACACAAUCUUACAAUGCACAGACGGGCGAACCAAUGUGACCAAAGUAUCGGCACAAAGAUCCGGCGAUGUGCUUAACUGUCCGGAUGGACGGCUCGUCAUCAACUCCACAGAGGCGUCCUACUGCAUUCCAUGUUCAGCUGGGACAUUUCAAAAUGAUUUGAUAUGCUUACCGUGUCCCAAUGGAACUUUUCAACCAAUUAUUGGCCAAACCUUUUGUCACAACUGCUCUGAUUGGACAAAAGUAAACGAGGACCGCACUGAAUGUCGGCUAGAAGAAAUCACAACUUUGGGUAAUAUAUCUUACACUGGGUCCUCGCCAGUAACGGAAGUGACUUUAAUACCAAAUGUCACAGAGCAGUCGACGGAAAGUUUCACAACAUACUCAUUUACUACAACAUCGACAGAGAAAUCCACGAGCUCUUCACCGACUACUACAGCAAUGCGGACUACCAAAGGUUACACCAUUCCUUGUGGUUUGAACCAACUUUCCUCAGCCAUUUCAAAUUCAAAAUACACGUGCGCUGCACACAACCAAACCUGUACGGUAGAGUGUAGUAGUGGAUACGUCACCAGUGAGGGGGAGGCGUCUGUAGAGUACAGGUGUGAGGGCGAUGUGUGGACUCCAGACCGGAAAGUCUGUCUGGAAUACGAUAUUCCCUUUACAACAAGCGCCCUCUACAUGACUUACAGCACUGUGGACCAAGUAGCUUUGUCCUGUCUUCAAGAUUUCCGAGAAAUCACAGAAAGAAACAAGGAACUAUUUCAGAAGACCAUCACGGACUACUGUGGGGAUUUGGGUAUAAACGCUGGGGGUGUGAAGAUCGAAAACAUCACAUCAAUUUCACUCUCGUUUCAAAUAACAAAUACAAUACUGAUUACGUUCUACGAAGAAAGCGUUAACGUCCGUGAGGUUUGCCUUGACUAUAUCACGCUGAUAUUUCUUAACGUUCCUUCCCUACUCAUGCCGUACUCUCGACUCAACUGUACCUCGGGGUUAUCCGACGUUACCAAAGUGUCCGCCAGUCACGGCAGUCCGUCCUAUAGUUGUAAUAACAGGACAUAUCUGGUGAACAGGACAAGCCAAGUAUAUUGUGUUCCCUGUGCCCCCGGAAUGUACAUGGUAUCCUCUCAAUGUAUCCUUUGUCCUGAAGGUCAUUACCAACCACUUCCGGGUCAGCUCACAUGUGAACCAUGCACUGAAAACAGGACGGUGGUGGAGAGUGGAACAAACUGUACAGAAAUAGUUGAUGAUGAAAAUGAUUUCAACCUCGGAAAAUCACAAGUAGGACCCACAGGCCUAACGGAAACGGAAAUAAUCGUCAUUGCAGCGGUGUCUGUCUGUUUGUUUUUUUUACUUGUUGUUAUAGCAACAGUAUACUACUGCAAGAAGUCUAAAGCAAAGAGAAGAACAUCUCAUGCAGAUGUAUCAAGUGACGCUAAGUCAGGAGACGGUGUGUCAGUCAAAUCGGACGAGUACCUCAGAAGAAGUCACGAAGAACUUAUUCCAAGUAAAAGUAGUUCCACAAACGAUCCAAACUGGACUUACCAGGACGAAAAAAUCGAAAAAUCCACUUUUGCAAGUGCAAACGAGGCUAAAGCAUUGGACGUCCUUAAUACUAUAAUUGACAUUAACAUCGACAAUGAAGAAUGUAUUACAGCGCAGCCACCUGUUUUCGAGAACGUCCGAGAAGGAAAAUGGCGGCCGUUACGUCAUAAAAAUGAAAGUAAUGUUGCUGUCGUCAUUAAUAAGGCUAAAGAGACGGAGCCUGAUAAGGCUCCAUGCAGGACUCUCAGUGAUUAUGACAACUUCCAGAUAUAUGUACCGGAACCGGAAAUGUCAGAUCCAGAUUAAU